AUGAACGCAAAAUUACUCACAGGAUUAUUACUGUGUUUUUUGGCGUGCGUAUCAAUAUCGCAGAGUGCCUCCGCCAGACACGACUCAAGGUUAAGGUACAGACGGCAAGAUGAUGAAACUGAUCAACCUACAGAUGAAAAUGACACUGGUGUAACAGAAGUAGCAACAACUAAAUCUGAGAAUGAUACAACAGUUGCACUACUAUCUGAAACUACAGCUGCAGUUAAAGGUGGUGAUGAUCUAACCACAGCUUCUGUCGAUGCUACUGAAACAGGUGAACCAACUGGAGCUACAGCUGUUGCAGAAGACAGUACUGCUGGUGCUGCUACAGUGGAAGCAGUCACUGAAGCAAAUGAAGUUGGAGCAACAACCGGAGUUGCCGCGUUGGACGUAUCAACCGUUGCUGAUGACGCUACUGGUGAACCUACAUCAUCUAAACCAGGUAAUGGCCAUCAUUCAGAAAACGCAGAUGCAACCAGUGAUGUAACUAUUACUGGCGAUCAAACAACAAGUGCUGGUGGCGUUACUGGUGAUGGUACUACAGCCGAUAGUGCUUCUACUGAAGCUGCCACAGCAGCUGGUGAUGCUACAACCGAUAGUGCUUCUACUGAAGCUGCCACAGCAGCUGGUGAUGCUACAGCCGAUAGUGCUUCUACCGAAGCCGCUGCAGUUGAUACAAAUGCAACAGCUAGUGCAGGUAGCGGAGAAUCAACCGAAGUUCCUAGUGUAACUUCUCAUGAUACGUUGAUAACUACAGGAGGUACCGAUCAUAUUAUCCUGAUUUGGAAUGAAAUGGUUUGUGCACGGCAAUCUCCAGAGAUGAAUAGACCUUUAUUUUUGCUUGCCUAUUUUGCUUUGAUUGAAUGUGUUUGUUUUUCUUUCCUACAUGAAAUAAUUCAAUAUCUAAUCAGUAUGUUUAUUUAUAUUUCAGGUGGAGAUUAUGUAGAUGCAAUGUAUGAUGAUCGAGACGGAGAAAAUACACAUACACAAAAGACUACUGUAGUUCCUGAAGAUGAUAACAAUAAUGAAGAAGACGAUGCCGUUGACGAUGAAGAUGUCAAAACACCGACGACAACAAUAGAAGCAACAACAACAGCAGUAAAUAAAACUCCAAAACCAGCUAGUGACGCGGAUGAUUCAUCAGACGAUGUCGAAUAUUAUGAUGAGCCUGAUGAGGAAGAAGGAGAUAAAAAUGGUGAUGUGUCACCCAUUCCGAAUCAGACAAAUGUUACCAAUCCACCACCAGUUCAGCCAGAAUCCGGUGAUCGAGUUGAACUUCGCGUAGUUGUUAAUCCUGAAGUUCUUCAAGUUCAAUACGGUCGAACAGUUGAAUUAAGUUGCACGGUUUAUGGUGGUGAUUCUAGUACAAGUAUUUACUGGAUUCAAGACGAACCGGAACGGCGUUACGCUUUAACGGAACCAGUUACUGAUAAUGAUAAACAAGUGACAGCAUCACAAAUUACAUUGAAAGCACGCAUUACACUUGAUGAUGCAAGUAAAAUCGGUAAAUAUACAUGUAUGGCUCAAGAUGGUUCAGGAAACAGUGGUUCAGCUGUUGUUACUAUGGAACAAGGCGGCCAUGAUUCUCAUCCACCACCAGAGUAUCCAGACGUUGUCCCUCCACCGAGUGGUGGUCAAGGACAUUUACGCAUUGUAGCACCAGACAUGACUGAUGGGGAUUAUGUGGAAAUUCAAUGUGAAGGUGCGUCAGCAGAUGAUGAAGGACGUAUACAAUGGUACUUCAACAAUCGAGUUCUUAAUGAUGAACAACCACUUUAUCCACGUGGUAAAACACUCCACAUUCGUCCAAUUUCCCAAUCUUAUUUGGGCAAUUAUCGUUGUUCUAUUCCAAACAGUAACUAUAUAGAUGCUAACAGUGUCUUGACGUUUGGAGGAUCAGCGCCAAUACCAGUUGCUCCCGUUCAGCCUGUUGUACCAGUUGAGCCCGUUGAACCCAUUCAACCAAGCUACGGUGGAUGUGAUAUUAACGAAGCACAUUGUCGCAAUGGCCGAUGUAUCCCUCGUUCAUAUCUUUGUGAUGGUAAAAAUGACUGUGGUGACAAUAGUGAUGAAACAUGUGGACGUAGUGAUGUUUGCCAACCGAAUGAAAUUCAUUGCUCGAAUCCUAGUCGAGGACGAAAAUGUGUUCAGAAAUUUUGGAUGUGUGAUGGUGAUCGUGAUUGUGAUGAUGGCAGUGAUGAAGAGCCACAUUGUUGUGAGUUACUUCCACGACAACGUGUUUGUAAAACAAGCGAAUUUCAAUGCCAUGCUAACAAUGGUACACAUGGCAAUCCAGUAUGCAUUCCACGAUCAUUUCAAUGCGAUGGUUAUAAUGAUUGUCCUGAUCGUUCGGAUGAACUCGGUUGUGUUAAACCAACCAUUGUUGCACCACCACAACGUCGAAUUGAAGUCAAUGCCGGUGAAACGUUAACAAUUCAAUGUACUGCUCGUGGUUCUCCAGCACCAUAUAUUAAUUGGCGUCUCAACUGGGGACAUAUCUGUGGUGAUGGUUCUGAUAAUGGACGUUGCACAAUGGCUCAAACUUUAGAUUCAGGUGAUCCAACACUUGUUACUGGUACACUCACAGUGCGUAAUGUCAAUAGAAAUGAUGGCGGUGCUUAUUCGUGCGAAGCACUUAAUAAUCAAGGUUUUAUUUUUGCUAUUCCUGAUGCUAUUGUUAAUGUUAUCAUUGACCAAGUACCUAGACCACCACCCCCACCAACAUGUAAUUGCAAUGGCCAUUCAUCGUAUUGCUCAGCAGAUGGACGAUGUGAAAAUUGCCAACAUAAUACCGCUGGUUCUUAUUGUGAAUAUUGUGCUACAGGUUAUGAAGGAGAUGCUCGUGGUGGAACACCAUAUGAUUGUCAACCCAUACAUGUUCCCUCUCAACGUUGCGAUCCAUCUGGUACACAUAUGGAACGUGCUGGGCGUUGUAUGUGCAAGUACAAUGUUGAAGGCGACCGAUGUGAUCAAUGCAAACGUAAUCACUUCUAUUUAAAUCCAACAACACCAAAUGGCUGUUUAGCAUGUUUCUGUUCUGGUGUUUCAAGUGAUUGUAGAUCAUCGGAUUGGAGACGACAAGCUCUUCCACUGGCAUUAAACGAUUGGAAUGCCGUACCAAAGAAUUUUGCUACUGAUACAUAUGAAGCACGUAAUAGUAUUCAACAACGUAAUGGUGGACGUGAAAUUGCUCUUGAUCAAAGUUCAUUAGGUCGGCCAAAUGAUGAAGUCCUUUAUUGGAAAGCACCUAAAGAAGUUCUUGGUGAUAUUGUAACCUUAUAUGACGGCACUAUUGAUAUUCAUUUUACUAAUGAUGGCGAUUCUAAUCAAGCACAAAGCAAUGAUGAAUUUAUUUGGUUACGUGGUAACAAUAUUGAUCUUGUUCAUAAACUACCUAAAACACAAAAAUUCGAAGCAAAUCAAGAUUCAACUUAUUCAGUACCAUGUAAUGAGAGAACAUUUACACGUAAAGAUGGCACAUAUAUUGAUCGAGAAAAUAUUCUUAUGGCCUUAUCGGAUUUGGACACUUUCCUAGUUAAAAUAAAUCCUAUUGGUGGUCAACGUAAUGCUGUUCUUCGUGGUGUCACUUUGAAUGUUGCUGCUGUUAAUGGUAACGCCGACACAGCAUUCACUGUUGAAUCAUGUAGUUGUCCAGCUAAUUAUACUGGUACAUCAUGUGAAAAAUGUGCUGAUGGUUACGGUCGUCCACAUCCAUUAGUUGGUAUUUAUUUGGGUCAAUGCUGGUCGUGUCGAGCACUAUGUCACGAACGCUCAGAUCAAUGUGAUCGAGAUUCUGGCAAAUGUUCAAAUUGUCAAGAUAAUAGUGAAGGUGAUCGAUGUGAACGAUGCCGUGCUGGCUAUGUACUUGAUGCACGAACCAAUAAAUGUGUGCGCGAUGACGGAUAUCAACAAUACCCAGAACCACCGGCACCUGAAACAGGCUCACGAGGUGCAUAUUACCUCGACCAACGACCAUAUGAUAUCGGUGGUACAACGCCAUUUAAUAUAAUUUUGGAUGGUAGUCGAUCAGAACAACGUGUUCCACUUCAAGUUCUUAAUGUUCAACCACAAUCAAUUGUAUGGGGUCGUACUGAUGGUACUCCAUUACCAUUUAAUGUUGUUCAAGAAGGUAACGAUCUCGUAUUUCGUAAUCCAGCAGAAGAGCAAGCUGGAAACUAUAUUUGCUCAAUCACUCAUUCUGAUGGUUACGUUGAACGUAUUGCUAUUUACUUAGAGUAUCGUCCAGCACAACAUACCCAUGUUAGUCAGCCAGUACUGAGUCCAGCAAGUCCAUUAUCAAUUAAUGAAGGUGCAAGUCAACUAAUUCAUCCGCCAGCGGAUUAUCAUCAAGCUAUUUGGACACGUGCUGAUGGUCAACCAUUUUCAUCAGGUAUCAGUCAACAUGGCAAUGCUUUAAACAUUGCAGGGGCACGCCCAGAACAUUCGGGUAUCUAUUAUUGUGAACUAUAUGGAGUAGAUGGCAAUCCAGUUAAAGUUCCAUACGAAAUUCAAGUACAAGCAUCGCCACGACCUCAUCCAGUUGGUGGCGCUCCACCACGAAUAACUAUUCGACCACAAAAGAUCAAUUUGAAAGAAGGUCAACGUAUGAUCGUUCAAUAUGCAGUUGCUUCAAAUGAUCCAAUUGAAGUUGUUUGGCAUAAAUUAACUGAUCAAGGUUAUCAACAAAUUCCAUCAUUAUUUAGUGUUGAAAAAGAUCGUCUUGUUCUUCACCGUGCUACACUUGAUUCCGCCGGAACCUACGAAGUAAUUGUACGUAAUUCAAAUGGUGAAGAUCGACAAACAUUAGAGAUCAAGGUAGAACCAAGACGUAAUCGACAACGUGGUCAACAAGCUGCCGCACCACAAGUUACUUUUUCACAAGAUAAUUAUGAAGUUGCUCAUGGUCAAGAUCUUGAAAUAGUACCAAAUAUUUAUGGUGCAACUGGAGCAAAAAUAGUAUGGUCAAAAGAUGGCUCAACAAAUUUGCCUGAUGGUGUAAGUGCACGUACUGAUGGCACAUUACACAUUCAAGGUCGAUCGAGUGAUGUUGGAGGAAGAUAUACUGUUGAUAUAUCUAAUGCUAACGGUCAAACAUCAAGAACUAUUGAGAUUCAAUGGAAAGAGACACAUAAUCAUCAAGAGCAGAAUGCUAAUCAAUAUCGAAGAGUGCAAUGGAAUGUUCAUCAAUUAACAUUGAAUGAAGGACGUCGUCUUGAAGCGAUUUGUCGAACAGAUAUUGAAUCAAUAAAACUCCGUUUGGAUGUAACACGUUUUAAUGCACAACAACGAGAGCACGCUCCACUUGGCCUUUCAUUUUUAAAUGGUUACUUAUCAUUGAGUGCUGUUACAAAACAAGAUAACGGACUAGAGUUUCUUUGUUCAUCAGAAAACUCUUACGAUAUUCUAACGCUUAAUGUUCGGUCGCCGAAUGAUGACCACGAUACGUCACGUAGUUAUAUAAGUGUUCGCCUUCAAUCGAAUGAUGAACAAAAUCAUCAAGUUGGACGCGAUAUUCAUUUGCAAUGUGCCGUUCAAGGAAGUGCUGAACAUCCAUAUGAAUAUACAUUUACAAAAGAUGGUCGACCAUUAGAAAAUAAUAUUGAAAUACAUCCAAAUGGCUUAAUAAUUAUUCGUAAUGCUCAAACCAGCGACUCUGGACGCUACCGAUGUGAAGUUGCUUUCCCACAGGCACCCCAACUCGGAACACAAGAAAGCAGCUAUGAUAUUCAAAUUUCAGAUGGUUCAGCUGGAGGUCAUGAACAAAAUUAUCAACAUGGAGCUGAGCAUUCUCAACAGGCUUCAUUCGUUGAAGUAAAUGCUGAUCCAACUGAAGUCACAGUUGGCCGUGGUGAACAAGCAACUAUUGCAUGUCGAGUUAAAGGUGCUGAAGAAUUUAAAGUAACAUGGGGCAAAUAUGCACAUGAUACAAGUCUUCCAACCUUUGCACGUCAAGAAGGAAAUAACGUUAUAAUCGCACCAACAGAUGAUACACCUUCUGAACAAAUGUACUUGCAAUGUCAAGUUGAUGUUCCAGGCCAUGCUACGCCAUAUCACGCCUAUGCACCGGUUAACAUUCGCGGUGGAGAUGAGUCGACUAUUCGUCUUAAACUGAAAUUAUUAAUUGAACCGUCAACACAUAUUCGAAUACCAAAAGGAGACAAACUGCAUAUAAAAUGUUUUGACCCAUAUGACACCGAAACAACGACGAUCAGUUGGUUUAGAAAAGAUACUACAUUGACUAUAUUACCGAACCAACAUUCUAAUGGUAUUCUUGAUUUCGACUCCGUAUCAGAUUCAGACAUUGGUCAGUAUGUCUGCCGCGGUCAAAAUCAAGUUGAUGCUACUGAAGAAAUAGUUACAAUUGAAUUCACGGGAUCUCCACCAUCUAUAAUCAUCUUACCAAAAGUAACGAAUGGGUACCUUCAAAUACCAUAUCGUUCAGUUCAAUCCAUCGAAUGCCUAAAUCAAGAUCAUCACACUCCAGUAGAUAUCAGUUGGCGUCUUGCUGAUACUAAUGAGCUGGAUUUAACAAAAUCAGCUACUCUUUUCCCACCGAAUAUGCCUUUAGAAUUUCAACACAGUGGUAAAUAUUUAUGUAUUGCUACAAAUGAAUACGGAUCUACUUCAGAAACUAUCACUAUCGAUGUUCAGCAAAUUCCACAGGAAAUUUCAAUUCAUAUUGAACCUUCAAAUAUAUUUUCGAUUGAUAGUGACAUACGUUUUAAUUGUAUGUUUCCACAAGCUAAGGCUAUUUGGUGGUCAUCAAUAAAUCCUCAUCGACGCGAUAAAAAUCCGCUGACAUUGCGCGUACAAUCAAAGCAUAUUAAUAAAAAAUUUGUUUGCAAUAUUAAAGAUAUGAAUGGAAAAUUGCAUAAAAAAACAAUGAGUAUUCAACAGUAUUCACAAAAAGAAUUAACUGCAGCUAUCUCUACUAAUGAAGUUGAAAGAAGUUUAUCAAUUAACUCACGAAAAAUGAAAGCAUAUCAAAUUCAAAUUCAAUUACGAACUUCCCGCGAUGAUAUUAAAGCAGGUGGAACUGUUGAAUUACAGUGCUUUGUCGAAGGUAUAUUGCCCAAUCAUCUGUCUUGGUCAUUUCAAUCAAGUUCAUUGCCAAGCAAUACACAUGUAACAAACGAUGGUCAUUUAUUAAUAUAUAAUUUUGAACCAGCUAAUAUCGGCACAUACACUUGUUCAGCAACAACCCCAACUAAACAACUUUCAAAUUCCAUUGAACUUCAAGCAGAUGAUAUAUUUCAUAAUGUAAAAUCCUCAUUUUCAUAUCAAAUCUACUCAUCACAUACGGAUUAUCAUGCAGGUGGUCAUAUUUUUAUUGAAUGCAUUUCUUCAGAUCCUAGUAUUACAAAGCUCUGGAUAAAAAAAGAGGAAAAUUCAAUUAAAAAUAUAACUGAAACAUAUCUUUUUAUUGAUAAAAUUUCUCACAAUGAUAUCGCACUAUACGAAUGCUUAUCAUCCAAUGAGCAUAACCAAUCGUCAAUCAAUUUCAAUAUCACGCGUUCAAAUCUUCGCUCUCAUACUUUUCCAUUCGAUAAUAUUUCAAAUGUUCACAUUCAGUUUCUUUCAUCGAUGAAUCAGAUGAAACUUGGUGGAAAUAUUCUUAUUAAUUGUUCAUCAUCUGAUAAUACACCAGUACAAUGGUCAUUACAACGAAAAAUAGAUGGAAUCAUUAUAAAUGAUUCGUAUUUGAAUAUUCCAAAAUUUUCCACUAAUCAUUUUGAUUAUUAUUAUUGUGUAAAUAAAAAUGUACGAAGACUCUUAGUUCUAUCUCCAAGUUUAUUUGAAUCAACGAAAGAGUUCAACUCACGAAAACGAAAUGCAGUUAAAUAUAAUAGCUCUUUUAUUCAAAUUAUUAAUGGGAAGUAUAUUGGUGAUAAUAUUACUUUAAUAUGUCGAAUAGGGCAAGAUAUUCCACAAGGAAAAGUGGUUUGGUCAAAUAUUCCAAAGUAUCGAAAGAAUUUUUAUGUUCGUGGUCCGCGUUUAGAAUUUCGUCCAUUUACAUUAGAACAUCAUAACCAAUAUAAAUGUCUUAUUAAAUCACAACAGUCGAAUGAAAUUUUACGAACUCUAUCAUUCAAUACUUAUUCAAAUAUUUACGAACAAACAGAUAGAAAACCAAAACUGAACUUGACUAUUGAUACAUCACAUUUAGUUGAUGAUGGUGAAUUGAGAAUUAUUUGUAGUACAGAUAAUUCAAAUAAAUAUCAUCAAUGGAGAUUCGAUGAUCAAAUGCCAAGAUCAAAAAAUCAUUAUGAAGUAUCCACGGAUAAUUAUACGUCAAUUAUGGUUAUACCUGAUUUUGAUUUCGACGUUGAUACAGGAAAGUAUGAAUGUUCGACAUCGAACAUCUUUGGUAUAACCGUGAGCUCAAUUAAUAUCGAUAGGCAAUCAAUAAAAUCACAAGAACAACCAGAACAAGAACAGGAACAAGAACAACAACAAGAACAACAACAAUAUGAAGAGUAG